AUGAAGAGAAAGCAACCAGAAGACUCCGUGCCCACGGGUGAAACCGAGAAGCGCGCAAAAAUAGAACAGUCCACUACUACUGAACUUUCCUUCGCCGACCUUGGACUCGACACACGGCUGGUACAGGCCGUCGCCGCCGAAAGCUUCAAGGACCCGACUCCAGUGCAGCAAAAGGCUAUCCCAUUGGCCUUGGACGGAAAAGAUGUCGUCGCAAAGGCUCCUUGUGGCUCCGGAAAGACUGCAGCAUACGUUCUGCCUGUUCUUUCCAGCAUCCUGAAGCGCAAGACUACCGACUCUUCACCCGCCACGACCGCCCUCAUUCUUGUGCCGACUCGCGAGCUCGCCGACCAGGUUCUCAAAGCGAUCGAGCAGUUCUCGGCGUACUGCGCGAAGGAUAUCCAUGCCAUCAAGCUUGUCGACAAGAUCUCCGAUGCUGUACAGCGCUCCCUCCUCUCCAACUUCCCCGACAUUGUCAUCUCUACCCCAGCCACCGCAUGGCGUAAUGUCGUUUCCGAAGCGUUGUCGCUGAAAAAUUUGGCGUGCAUGAUCCUUGACGAAGCCGAUCUCAUCCUGUCUUAUGGUUACAAUGAAGACUUGGAGAACAUUGCGAGAAAGCUGCCUAAGGGUGUGCAGCUGAUGAUGAUGAGCGCGACACUUUCAACAGACGUCACGUCGUUACAAGGGAUUUUUGGCAGAAAACCUACCGUAUUGGAUCUCGACGACGAGGAGACGGAGGGUGACAGUCUUUCUCAGUUUGUCGUCAGCUGUGGAGAGGACGAGAAAUUCCUCUUGGCGUUCAUCAUCUUCAAGCUUAAGCUCGUCAAGGGCAAAUGCCUGAUUUUCGUCAAUGAUGUCGAUCGCUCGUAUCGUCUGAAGCUGUUCCUGGAACAGUUCCAGGUCCGAAGCUGCAUCCUCAACUCAGAGCUGCCAGUCACAUCAAGGGCGCACGUCCUCGAGGAAUUCAACCGUGGAGUCUACGACAUCAUUAUUGCAUCCGACGAGAAGAGUGCUAUGGGUGCGGAGGAGAAAGAUGGCGAAGAGGAAGAGGACACGGAGCAACGCCAGAAGGAGAAGGAACAAUCCAAGAAGAAGCGGAAAUCCAAGCGAGACGCUGAUUUCGGCGUAUCGCGAGGCAUCGACUUCAAAAACGUCGCAGCAGUGGUCAACUUUGAUCUCCCUACAUCCGCCUCAUCAUACACACAUCGCAUUGGACGUACUGCACGAGCCGGCCGGACAGGCAUGGCUUUAUCCUUCUACGUUCCCAGCGAACUAUACCGCAAGCACUUGCCGACGAGCAUAGAGACAGCCGAGAACGACGAGAAGAUUCUGGCGAGAAUUAAGAAGCAGCAAGCGAAGCAAGGCAAAGAGGUUAAGCCCUAUAACUUCAAGAAGGAGCACCUGGAUGCGUUUAGAUACCGUCUAGAUGAUGCGCUGAGAGCAGUUACCAAGGUGGCGGUUCGCGAAGCGCGUAUGAGGGAGUUAAAGCAGGAACUUCUCAAAAGCGAGAAGUUGAAGAGAUACUUCGAGGAGAACCCCACGGAACUUCAGCACCUUCGGCACGAUGGAGAAUUGAGAACAGCUCGACAGCAGCCUCACUUGAAGCACAUACCUGAGUAUUUGCUCCCGAAAGAGGGGAAGGACUCUCUCACAAGGAAUGACGUCGGCAUGGUGCCAUUCCGAAAGGUUGGUGGCAAGCAGAGGAGGAAUAAGGGCAAGCCAGGACGGAAAAAGAUUGGCACGCGAAAAGUGAAUCCUUUGAAGACGUUUAAGGCCCGGAGGAAAUAA